AGUAUAGGAAAUUGGAUUUAUAACCUUCAAAAAAUUGGACCGCAUUUAUGUCGCGUAGUGUAUGUAUUAUAUGUUAAAAACCAAAAAGAGGUCGUUUCGAUUUUUUUCGUGAUGUUUCCAGAAAUUUGAAAGACUAUAGAUAAAUCUACAAAUUUGAUAUAAGUAGAAUAAUAAUAGUGAAUAAGUAAACAUAUAAAUCAAAUAUUAAUUGUAAUUGAUAUAAAUACUAUAAAAGUAAAAUGACUAAUGAUACAGACGUUACUAAAAUUGAAAACAAUCAAAUGCCUGCUCCAAAAAUUAAAUAUGAUUGGUAUCAAACAGAAUCCAAUGUUGUAAUAACCGUAUUAACAAAGAAUGCAGAGAAUGUCAAGGUUCAAUUCGAAGACUUUACAUUAAGUGUUGGUGCGAAACUGCCAUCGGGAAAUGAGUACAGUCUGGAAUUGGAUUUAGCUCAUCACAUAGUACCACAGCAGUGUUCAUUCAAAGUUGUACCAUCAAAAAUAGAAAUUAAACUCAAAAAAAGAGAUGCCUUACGAUGGACUGUCCUUGAAGGAAAUCCUGCUGUAUCCGAUUCAGUACAGCCGAUACCUCGUGAAAUUCUUCAAUCUAAUCAACCUCCAAAAUAUCCGAGUUCAAGUAAAAAAUCGAAAGAUUGGAAUAAAGUUGAAAAAGAAUUAGAGAAACAAGAGGCUGACGAAAAACUUGAAGGUGAUGCUGCACUCAACUCUCUUUUCCAAAAGAUUUACUGUAGUGGUUCAGAUGAAGUACGAAGAGCUAUGAAUAAAUCCUUCCAAGAGUCUGGUGGCACCGUGUUAAGCACAAAUUGGUCAGAUGUUGGUCAAAAUAAGGUAGAGAUGCGUCCACCUGAUGGUAUGGAAUGGAAAUCAUGGGAUUCUUAGAGUUUAUUAUAAUUUUUUGAAUGAAAUUUGACAAACUUCUGUCAACUUUCAAUGUUGUUAUUGAAAAAAAAUAUUUAUUCUUCAAAUACAUUAAGAUGAAAAAUUUUUAUUCAACUUUAAUACUCGAUUGAUUUAUUGUUAUAUGAUUACCUGCAGU